UCUUCCGCCCUCUCUCCUUCUCCAACUCCCUCUUCCCGGCGCUCGUUUGCUGUGCAUGAAAUUGGAUGAUGACGAAAGUGGGAUGGGAAUAGUGAGUGAAGCAAGUCGCCGCAUAUAGACUCUUCAAAACCGGGGCUACGUGAUCGAACUGCGUGAUAUCGCAUGGGCCGGUCAUGCGAGUACAUUAGAAGUGUGUGUCUGUGUAUGCCUUCGUCGUCACUGGCCGGAGCUGCUUAGCAUAAGAGCUCGCUAUCGAGUGGAUGACCCCCAUUUUUUUUUCCAUACCCCUCUCCCAAUCAUCCACCGGCAGUGUCCGAGCGCUUGUCCAUCCAUCGCUAACUGCUUUGGGGUGCAUCAAACGGAGCGCCCCUCUCGCGGUGCCUCUUAACUGGAUUCCUCCAAACACACCCAUCCUCCGGUUUGGAGAGAUACCUCACUGCUUUCUCAUUAUCUCUUGAUUUCCAUAAAACUGUAUAUUGGUUGCAUGCAUGGACCACUAACAGGUUGCAUUGCAGUAGACACAGCGCAGCAGCGUUGCUGGGGAAAUGGUGACUCAUUGACUCUGAAGGGUGAAUCUAGCUUUUAAUACACUGGACUCUACUUCUCAGAAAAUUUUCCCAUACAGGACAUAGUUUUUCAUUGACCUUAUUCCAGCUGGGAUAGACUGUUAAAAAACAAAGCAUAGGAUCAGAUCAGCAUCUGUUUGUCUUUUGCAUAUUGAUUGGACUGUCGAUGGAUUUUCAGAGUUGAUUGGUCAGGAUCAGGGGCAUUGUGAUGUCAUCUUAUGACCAGCUUCUCCAUCAGGUGGAGUCUCUCAAGGCAGAGAAUUCACAUCUCAAGAUGGAGCUGAAAGACAACUCAAGCCAGCUGAACAAGCUGGACUCUGUUGUAGGGCACCUUCAGUCCAGCAAACCAGGCAUGGGGGAGGAUGACCUCAGAGCACAAGUCACUAUCCACGGUCUUGCCAUGACAACAUCUGCGGCAGCAACAUCGUCAGCAACAUCAACAGGAGCAGGCCCUUCUAGUACCUUUCAAGUCAACAGUGGUGCCAUGUUGCCUGGGAAACCUCAUAGUUUACCAACAUCAUUAGGAACAGGUGGGACUGAUAGCAGCUUAAGACAAACCAAAGAUCAUUUCACGAGGCAUCAAGAGCUUGAAAGAGACAGGUUUACAGGUUUGUAUUUGUAUGUGUGUGUGUGUGUAUUUGUACAUUAUGUCCUGUAUUACAUACAUGUAUUCUAUUUGUGAAAAAUGAUUGUUCACUGAAUCUUAUUUUGUUCCUAUUGAAUAUGGAUGAAGAAAUGACCCCCCUCCUCCAGGCUCUCUGUCCUCAUCCGCUGACACCUUCUUAUCACCCCUGUCUCUUCUAAGUGUUUCUCUUUCUAUCAACCCUCACCAUUUUCCUGUUCCCCAAUCCAUCUCCAUCUUUCCCCAUCAUGACAGUUCUCCAUCUGACAGUUCAUCAUCAUAUUCCCUUCUUACCCCCAUAAUACCAAUGUCACCAGGGAUAAUCAUCCACUCUGUGGUCCAGCUGGUUCAACAAGCCUCCUCCAAAUUUACUACCCCCUCAUUCAUCCUAAUAAUCCAAUGAAUUUCAAUCAAAAUCAUAUCCACUGGUUUUGGAAAUGCAUUUUAAUUGAUUCAAAGUCAUGCAGCUGGAUUUGUGGGUUCUUGUCGAGCCUUGUCUUUGGUUGGAGUAUGCCGAGGUUUGGGUUUCAGCUUCAUGAGAUUCAGCCUUCAUAGUCUGUUGGCAUCGUGCCUUAAGGAAAGUCCUUUACUGUCAUUGACGGGUAAUAGAAAUCAUAUUAUUGUGCUGCGGAAUGAGCCUGAAAUAAUUUUACUAGUUGAUUGAUGGCAAGAUGUAGUGAAAGAUGCAGAAGUGCAUGUAUGGAGGGAGUCAGUACAAAUUUUAGAGAGGGAACAGAGAAAGAGGUAGAGGGUGGUAUAAAGGUUCUAUACUGAUAAAAGUAGUAAGAGGGAUAGAGAAACAAAAAUGAGAGACAGAAAGAAAUUCUGAGGGGAGGGUGAGGUUAGAUGGAGAAGCAUUCUCUUUAGUGUUGCGGCAAUGAAUCUGUUUUGAGAACUACAUGAAAUUAUGCAGAGCGGCAUUAUGCAUAUACUAAAGGACGCAAGUGCUAGUAUACGAUACAUUGCAUUCAAUUACAAGUUUAAUUUGUUUCAAUUAAUACAAAAUUCCUAUCCUGUAGCUUCUAAUGGUUUAUUUAAUCACUUAAAUUAAUCAUCAUAAGGCUCGUGUCAUACAGUAGUUGAAGAGAAUGCCUGAUCAGUAUUGCAUCUGUUUCUCCUUGUCAUUACCCGAUGACUCAUACAAGACUUCAUUAGCGAGCUCUUAGAUAGUUUUUCAUUGUAAUUUGGAGUGAUCCAAAUGCGUAGAAAGAUGACGACAUGUACCUCUUGUGCUGCCUCUCUGCUGAAUAUUAGCUUUGAAUAUUUCAUCAUAUGGCCGUGUAAAUCCAUGUAUAUUAGAAAGAUCAGAAAUAAUUUAAUAUUGAAUAUAGGUUAGAUGUAUCAAGGAUGAAGAGAGUAUUCCUGGUUGUAUUGAUUUAUUGUGAACUGGCAGCAGACAUGGUUCUUUAUGAAUCAUCAAAUAAAUCUAUCUUAUGAAAAUUUGAGUUUCAUACACAGAAUUAUUUUAUUUUCUGAUCAAUUUAGACAUAAAUCAAUUUCCAAUUACAUGGAAUUUUGAGUGAUAUUGAAAACCAAAUGGUCCUAAGCAAGGUCUUUUCCAAUUGGACAGCAUUCAAUAUGUAUAUUAGAAAGAGCGUUUCUUACCACAGUAUCUCGUAGAAGAUCUGAAAUAGAUAUUACAUUUUGUUUGAAUGACUGUGUUUUUUUCUAGAGCUCAUGGAUAUAAUUAAAUAUUUUUUUUUAUUUAAAAUGUUUUACUUUUCUUCCAUUAAUAAUGUGACGUGUCUCCUUGUGGGGAUACAUACAAGCAAACACAUGUCUCAACCUUUGAAAUUGUUCAAAUAUGCAUGUUUUUAUACAUUGUAUGCUCAAAUAUUGUAUAGACUGCAUGCAGCACACACUCACUUGAGACUCACAGCAAGCAGACAAUUUAGACACGGAGGGUACACUAUUUUGCAAGGAAUUGCGCUGGAGUACGCAUUUAUGACGCUGUGCUUUCGUCAAAAGCGCCAUACCUUUCUCCCUAGUGCUGGUCGAAUCCACUUUCAUGAGUGACUAAGCAUUUGAUUUGAUUAAACUGCAUGGUCUAGUUGAGCUAAUCAUCUUACGGGUGCCGAAUUUCAAGACAUUUUAGGAUGGGUAAGAUGGAAUCUGGAAGAUGACAUAGAACACAAUGAAAGGAAUUAAGAGAUUUAACAGACAAAUCCUUAAAUGUGUCAGAAUUGACCAGGGUAUCAAUAGUCUACAAUAACAGACUCUAUUUUACUUUAUUGCAUUAAGUAGAGUCUGUAAAAAAAAGACUAUGACACAGCUCAUAGGUACUGCAAUGUACAUGUAGCAACUCCCACACUCGUCGGACAGAUAGAUGUCACCAUUUGGUGUGACUCAAAAUUUCUUAAUUUGUGUCAACAUAGGGUCUUUGCCACAGACUACCCUCAUCUGGAUGAGUGAUAUUAAUGACCAAACGAAAUGCCUGUGAUUAGACCACCAAACUGUAUUAUACCCAAAGUGUUCAAUUUCAUCAUAUUCCUUGAUUUGCUACUUGAUUGAUGGAAUGAGACAUUGUCCCAUGUAACGGACCAAUGAUUAGUCUUGAUGCAACCUUAUAGGAUAGGAUGUGAUUUGUUUUCAUUAGAGACGGAGAUAGGAACAAAUUUAAUUUGUAAGAUGUUUGAGAUUGCCAUACUGAUGCAGUCACCAAUGUGAACAGAUACUGGUGGGGAUAUUGGUCAAACUGGUAAAGGUCAUGGAAAUCAAAUUUGAUAUUGAUAAGAAAUACCUCAUAUAUAUCUUGCUUUAUAUUUAUAGCUCAAUCAAUGGUAUGUGUAUGCAAAAAAGAUGCUCAGGGCAAAUGAUUCAGUCCUAUUUCCAACUUUUUAUCUAGCAUCUUUGGUUGUUUAUGAUAUUCAAGAAGUUUUUUUCCUUCACAUUUCUACAUUUUCUAUCCCUUUUUUUUUCUAAUCACUUUUUCUUUUUUGUGCAUACUAAAAGUGGCAGCCGAGGCAAAUGCGUUCUUUAUUGCUCCCCCCCCCCCCAUAUAACCCAAAUGCAAUGUAAAUAGAGUUUUUUAAUGUCUUGAAUGAUAUCUGUUACCUUUGUAAUGUACAGGUGUAACCUGGUGACCAAAUUGUGCACUUUAACACAAUUGCAAACUUUAUCUAAGAUAUCUAUUUUCAGGUCUUUAUAAAGAAAACUAAAAUUAUUGUAUCAUUCUACAUGUACUUGAGUAUUAAACUUCGUACCUGUAGCUGUCUUUAACAUGUACAUUGUAGGCCUGUGUAUGAAUCGUUAUGCUAUAAAAUUUGUCAAAUUUGAUGGAAACGAAUAACAAUGGAUUAUGUAUACUGUAAACACAUCUGUGCCAAAAAAGGGACAAAAUAAUGACCUUUAUCUACACAAAAUGAUAAUCCAAUGUACAUUGUACUUAGCAAAUUUGUCCUAUUGAUAUUGCUACAGUAUCAUCUUUUAAAGGGUAGUCGAACCCCAUUUCAGUUUAUGUUGAAAAGAUGACAGAAACGUGGCAUUGAAGUUUUAAAUGUCUCUACAUCUGGCUGGACCUUCCCUUUAAAUACAUGUACAUGUAGGAAAACAAUAUUCAUGAUGGCUGUCUCACACAUUAACCAUGUAACAUUAAAUGGUGGUAUCUGCUUUCAGACUAAAAAAUACUGUACUGUAGUACUGUACAUGUACAUUGUAACCAAAGUUUCCAUUGGAUAGAAACAAGACAAAUGGGAAUGUGAUAUAAGAGAACAUGGAAAAACAGGAAGCUGAACAGAAUAUUUCUCUUAAAAGUGAUCUCGAAGAUAAAGUACAGGCUUGAAUUACCAUCAUGUAAAGCACGUUAUAGGUGCUUCAUAAUUUCCAUCUGUUUUUUAUCCAGUAGGACAGAGGAAUGCACCUCCUGUGUCUUACAUGCACUUUUCAUAAACAUUUUAGGAAUUUAAAGGACUGACCAAAAAAGAAAUACAUUUUGAUGGAAUCAUGGUUAAACAUGACAUUGUUAAUUUUUUCAAGAUGCCUCUGAAUAAUAGCUAUCUUUCCCUUUCCCCCACCUUUCUUGUUCUCAUCUGUUUGUGAGAUUAAUGCCUUGACUAUCAAGAAAUAUAUAUUGAGACACAAUAAAAUCACAGAUACAUUUGACCAUUUGAUGUUAAUAGUUUUCUUGGUGCACUUAGAUCACUAUUUUCGUUUACCAAUCUUACAAACAAUCAAAUACUGUGUAGGUCCUACAAGUAUUCUUUAAAUCUGAUGUUUUUCUUCCCAUUUUUUCUGGGGAAGGACAUUGGUUGUAAAUCCAGCAUCCCUUUACAGAAGCCGUGAUAGGAUCAGUCUAUCCCAUCAUAUUAGAUAUAUCUUGAUCCCCUGUCACAUGUGGCUAGUCCUUGUCAGCUAUCAGCAUAAAUAUCUUUGAACCUAUCGUAGAUCAUAUCAUGAGCAUUGCAGCUACAUUCGACACAGAUUACAUGUACAUAUCUUGUGGCCAUUGUGGAGAUGUUUUUCGAUCAUCCAAGCCCCCCAAGUUUAUUGUGGCUAUCAGUUUGUUUGUGACCAUUUGGAGUGAUAUAUUUACUAAUCUUGUUAUUGUACUUUCCAAGUUGUUGUUUGUGGACUUUACACCAUUUCAGACUGGAAAAAAAAUGUGUUUACAAGUUUGAUGCUGUGAGAAAUGCUGAACUUCGAGAUUUAAAGGAUUAUUAUGUGAAUCAUCUUCACAAUAAUUCAUGGACUCGGUAAAAGUGAACAAGGACAGAGGGUGUAUUCUAGCAGGUAAAUUUACACCUCGCUCUAGCCAUUUUAUGAAGCUUUUUAUUAAUGGUAUGAAAUAUUGAUCAUUUUGUGCAUUUUAUGAUUCAAAUUUCAAGCACCUUUAGCGGGAUUAAUAUUCUGUGUAUGCCAUACUGUAGUAAAAAGAAAUUAAAAAAUAUGUAUAGUCCCUCUUGGUCUAUGACUCAGGUUUUAUAACUAGAUUUAUAUCCAUUCAUGACAAAUUCUAUGCCCAAAGUGGGUAGUUUCAUUCUAAAGGUCAGUGUGCAUGGUGGAUGCAGUCUCCUGUGAAACACAAUUUAUUCCUUGGAAACGAGAGAAUGGGGAUAGUACAGACAGAUAGGGAGAUGGGAGGGAAGAGGAUGAGCGGGGGGGGGGGGAAUAGAUAAAGAGAGGGAGGGUAGGAAUAGAGGAGAAAGCAAGAGAGGAGGUGAGAGAAUUGAGGGGUAGGAUUGGCAAGUGAUGAGAGAAAAGAUAAAAAAGCUAUAUCAUAUAAGUUAUAAGGAAAGAUGGAGAAUCUCUGAGUGCCAACAGUUCCAUGCUGGCGCCAACAUCUCCAUGUACACAUGCAUCAUCUAAUGCCAAAAUGUCGUAUCAUGAUGAAUUGGGAAACAGUAGGCCUACAUGUAGAACAAAGUGCGACACCUGCUUCACAUCUGCUGGAAAUGUAUGUAUUUCAAUAUGCUGUUUCUUCCCUUCGGCAAAUGUAUGAGGUAGGAAGACCCCAGGAGAGAAUGAGAGAUAGAAAGAGAUACAUGGAAAGUGAAUGAGAAAAGUAGAAUUUACAUGUAUUAAAUAAGAAAGAAAAAUUGGUGUAGAAAGUUGGAGUGGAAUAAACAAGUAAGGAGAGUGAGUACUGAGAAAGAAAGAACCGGAGACGGUGGGAGAGGAUGAAUGGGAGGAGGAAGGAGUAGACAACGCACUAUUUCAGCAACAACCCGUUACUUGCUUUCAGACCCUGCAAGCAAUGGAAUUCAUAAAUGAAUUACCUGUCCUCUAUUUCCAAUCAAAUCACAAUUACAAACCCUGGGUUUGUUGUCCGAGGCGCUGAUUAAAAUACCCGUAGCACGGACGGAUGGAUGCUUGGUCUGUCUCGUCCCGGUCCUCUGAUUCCUCCAUCUCACCAAAGAAGGGAUCAUUGUUUACAGAUGGGACUCGCCAAGGUAUCUCUAGUGUUGACUAGAUAGAUAGGUAAUGCUACAGUCAUACCAACGAAGCUGACACCACACCGACCGAUGACAUGUCAUUUGAAAUAACAUAGGCUUUAAUUGGUUUGGGGUCCGGUUCGUUGAUGUGACUGGAGUGUUAGAAAGAAUAGGUUACUCAAGCAAGACUCUGGGGAAGGAAAUCAAUCAGACUCUCCCUUUCCAGUGAAGUGACCUUUGAUUGAGGUUCGGGCCACUUUUGCAGGACAGUCCUGAUCAGGGAACUUUCCAGAUUAGUUGCAUGGUUUGUUGCUGUUCGGGAGUAGGAAGGCGGAGGGAGAUGUCAUCCGAAAUGUUACAAAAACAUUGAUGUACCUUUUCUUGCAAUAGAGGAAUGGGUAUGGGAUUUCUCCUAAUUUCCUGCUUCCAUGUCCGUUAUCCUGACUGAAAGCUUUUCAAUCUAAAGAUAGCUCUAUAUAUUCUUUGUACUCUAAAGGUAUUAAAUCCUCUUCGGCAAAAAAAAAAUUUCCAAGAACUAGUUCCAAUAGAACAUCAUUUGAAAAUUCUGUAGUCUUAUUGAAAAUCCCGCUACGGUUAUCUCGGUUUAUAUUGACUGGUCAACAGACCAAGACAAGUAUGUGACCUUCAACAUGUAGGUGUUACAUCUACCGUAUAUUGGAUCCCCUAUUUCUUAUUCAUUUUGCCUUUUGAUUGCAAGGACGAUGGUGUGACAGCGAUCAAUGAAUUGAAACACAGGUUAUUUCACAUGUAUCUGUUACCUUGUUUCAAUUGUCCAACAGUUGACCAGUUGGUUGUAGUUUUCUCAGUCCAUUCAGAAUUGAUCUGUUUAUCAGAAUUGUUCUCACUAGACCAAACUGAUUGAUUGGCAAGUCAGGAAAGAUGCUUUUCGAAAUAGAAUUUUCAAAUAAAUGAAGGAGCAACCAUGUGGAAAAGAAAAAAAUGUAACAUCACUGAUUACCUUGAGAAGAUGAAUUUUUAAUGAAUGUUUGCUUCUGCGUUGAAAGCUUUUUUUUCUGAUGAGGGCAAAUAUUACUGUUAUUGGAUGCUGGUGAAUCUCAUCUUUUAUUGAUUGAAUAAAAAUUUUGAUGAAAGCUCAGUGAAAAAAAGCCUUUGUGUUCACCUACACCAAUAUAACAGCCUAUUAUGAAAUUUGUAUUCUUUGAGAUGGCAAAUAAUUUUGAAGGAUAAUGGGAAUGUACCCUAAAGAUUAAACCAACAUUACACAUCCAAUUACCUCUCCUUUGAUGUUGAUGUACUUUUUCAGGUGAUUUGCACUAUAAGAAGCAGUACGUAACAUUUCUAUAUAAAUAUCAUUAAGGUUAUAUACAUGCAUGUAGUAGAAGUAUAUCGGUGCAUGAAAAAUACUGGUUAAAGCGAUUUAUUUUAACAUCUGAUGCCUGAAGUACAGCCUUGAUCCACAUUUUAGUGUAUCUCUAAACUUAGCAACCCUGCGAUGCUAAUGCCGUAAGGAGUAAGGUGGAGGGAAAGGGACAACUACCAAAUUGAAUUUCAUGUAUUGCCUCAUUAAUAGGAAAGUACGCAUCUGGUCGCAGGCGAGAACAGGAAUGAGAAGGAGAGAGGAAGGAUGUUUGUUUGGUUGUACGUGAUGAUGGGUAGAGUGAGAGGGAAGAACAGGAUGGUGAGAGAUGGGAUGGAGGGUAAGGGGUUUGAAGAGGAUGGAAAGAUGGUAAUGUUUGAGAGAUGGUCAAAGAAAGUAGGAGAAGACAAUGAGAAUAUAUUUUUUUUACAAUGAGAAUAUUGAUGUGAAGUGAGUGGUUUUGUAAAAAAAUAAGUUUGGAAAUAUGGAAACAGGAUAAAAAAAAGAGAGUGAAAUCCAAAAGGGAUAAAGGAAAGGGAAGGAAAUGAAAUAGAGAAAGAGUUCUGGAGUGAGCAAUGAAUAAAGAAAUUGGGAGAUGCAGAAACAGGCACAAAUCAAAUUAAGAGCAAAGAGAAAGAAAAUACCAAACCUAGUGAAUGAAAGAAAAUAAGGAGUCAAAUAAGUGACAAUAAAUGAGAAACAAAAGGAGAAUAUCAGUGAUGUCAUUGAAUUGCUAGCUUUUCAAGAAAAAUGGUUAGAAAUUACAAG